UGAGUCAUAAUAACAUGAAAAAGUUGCCAUGGUUACACUAGUGUGUCUGUUUGAUCAAAUUUUGAAUCACUGCACCUUUUGCUAUUCCCAAUAUACUUUGUAGAUAUUUUUCUUAGUAUUCUAAGUGAUACAAUCAGUAUAUUAUUGUAAAAUUAGUAUCUCAAUACAAUAUCAUGGCUGUUGAAGGGGGAGAUUUUGAUUUUUUAGAAGAACGCGAAGAUGAUGGUUAUCAGUCAAGAUCGUCAAUGCACUACCAGGAGAACGUUUUAAUUCCAACCAAGCAGCAAUGGAUGACGGAUGUUGAUGAGAAUCAAUUUAAAAUUUUGGAUCCUGAUGAUCCUUUAAUGAAAAGAUUUCAGGAUGCUCUCAAGUCCCAUCUUCUCCGUAUUGAUAACAAGUUAUCCGAUGAAAUUAGUGAACUUGAAGGCGCCAUUAAAGAUGCCAAUAAGACUAGAGAAGAUGAAGGUGUUGUUCUGUACGAUGUGCAACAAGAAGCUAAUCGACAAGAGACAGCCCUUGAAAAUUACAAGGAUAUGUUGGCUGAAGUUAUUAAUUUGAGAGGAGAUAUCGAAGAUCGUUUGAGAAAAAUUAAAGAAACACACAAAAAAAUUAAUGAUGAAUUAGAAGAUAAAAAGUUGAAAGAGAAAAAGCUGUUGCAAAGUAUUGAAAGCCUUGAUGCACUGCAGCAGCAGUUUUCUAAAUGGGAAAAUGAAUUAGCUGGAAACUUGACCAUUUCUCAGAGAAUAUCAGAAAAAGAUGCUGCUGUAGAACGCGAAUUACUCUACCAAAAACAACAAAAAGAUUUUGUUUUAUACAAGCUAGAAGAUGAAGUUUGGAAGCUCCAGAGUGAAAUUAAAGAUCUUGAUGAGCAGUUGCAAAUAAAAGAUCAAGAAAAAAUAGCUUUAAGCCAGACAAUUGCUGAUGCUAAUGCUGAUUUAGAAGGAUUAGAAAAGGAACACAAGACUUUGUACAGUGCUUGGAACAGUGUUCUAAAUCUUAUAAGUCAAAGAGAUAAGAUAAACGAAGAAAUUAUUAUUGAACAAAGGAAAAUUCGCGAGUCCUUGCAAAACUUACAAGCACAAGUAGAAAAGCUGAAAAAAGAUUCUUACAAGGAAAUGGAGAAUAAUGAACGUCUAACAUCUCUACAAUCAAGAAUCAAUGAAGAAAUCAAAUUGAUAAAAAAAAUUUCUGACAAUGAAAAAGAAAAAUAUUUAAAUUUAGAGUCUAAUCUUGUAAAAAUUUCUAGACUUGUUGAACAGAGUGAAAGAGAGUUUACCAUUGCAGUCACUGAAUAUGACUCCAUACUCAAUGAAGAAAAAUCUUUGAACAAAGAAAUAAGCAAGUUUGAGAUUCAAAAACGGGUUUUGGAGGAUGAUAUCUUAGCUAAACUAGAUGAUAAAGUUACUCACGAUAAAGCCGUGAGGUAUUUGAAUAAAUUACUUCAUGAAGCAAAGGAUUCGAUUUUGGAAAAUGAAUUGAAUUUGAAGCGAUUCGAAAAUUCGUAUGGCAAAUCCUUAUUCGAAUUGGAAAAAUUAAAUUCAUUCAUUGAAAAUGAAAAGUUUGACCUAGAGGCUGUUGUGCAAAAAAAUGUUGACAAGCAAAAAGAUAUUGAAAAACUGCAAACAGAGUACCGAAACUACGAUGUAUUGCUGAAACAAAAAGAACGGAAAAUAGUAAUUUUGAACAAAAAAAUAGAAGAGAUCUUAGCAGUCACAAAUAGAGAAGAGGCGAAUCCCUUGGAUGCUAAAAUUACCUCCAUGGAAAAAACUAUUGACGAAACUGAGGGAAAAAUAAAGAAAGCUCAGCAGUUUUGGCUUCGGCAACAAAACAGCAUGCUUACUUUGAGUGAACAAAGGGAUAUACAAAUGCAAGACCUUAGCGUCGUUAGUAAAGACAUAAUGUUGAUGGAACAAAAAAAUUUUAAACUUGAAAUGGAAUUGGAAAAGCAGAAGAAAGAAGAAGCAAAUAUGAACAAGACCACGAAUGCUUUACAACAAAAACUUAUACAAAUCAAUCUUCGACUUGCUUCGCAAAAAGAAUUGAAAAAUGAAUUAGAAGAUAAGAAUAAUGUAGCUAAAAGCGAAUAUGUGAAGUCACUGAAGGAUGCAGAAAUGGAAUUGAUAAAGCUUCAGACUGAUAUCAAACACUUACAUGAUGAGAAAGUUACUCUAAAGCAGGAAUUAAAAUCUGCUCAGCAAGAAAGUCUUUCGUGGGAGAAAAAGGUUCAACUAGCAAAUGAAACAAACAAAUCUUACAAGGAAGAGAGAAAUACAGGUGGUGAUAUAGCUAUGAUGAAAAGUGAAAUACAUAAAAUGGAAAUGCGUCUUUCUUAUCUUCGAAAGGCACAAGAAAAACUAGUACAGGAUAUGGAGUUUUGCAUUUCCAGGAGAGACAAUAUCAUUGAUGAAGCAAUGGCCAGAGAAAAGAAGAAUCCAAAAAGCCAACAUAAUCAGAGAAUAGUACUUAGAAAGAGGCUGGAUGAUCAAAAAGCAAAGAUAAAACAAAUCACAAAGGAGACGAAACAAAUCGAAAAUAAAAUUGGAAACAUAGAUGCUGAACAAAAAAAAUUAUUAGACUACUUGAAUGAAGGUCAGAAAUUACUUAGGCAAAAUGAAGAUAUAGUUCCAGAUAUAGAAAAGCAAAUUAUGGAAGCAGAGCUAAUAAAGCAUCAUAAUUUGGAAGUGUUGGUUAGAAAGCAACGUAAAGUUAGUAUGCUUCAAGAUAUGAAAAAUGGUAGAUACAAGCCAGUGAUUAAGAAUGAAAUGGCCUUGAAUGAAGAAUGGCAAAAUCAACAAGAUGUAAAUAAUCAUUUGAAAAUAAUAAUGCAACAAACAGAACAUGAUUUCCCACUUUUAAAAAAUCAUAUACGAAAAAUACUGCUAACUUUACAAACAUCUUAAGCAAAACUUAUAAUUGCAUAAGUGGAUAAUAUUUGUAAACUUUUAUAUUUACAUGUAUAAUACACAAAAUUAAUACAAUUUUUAACAUUUUAA